AUGUCGAUGCGAAAGGCUCUUGGCCAGGAACCGACAGGUACUAUGUAUGAAGAACAGGAACGGCAGAAAAUGCUACGGCUGCAACGUGAAAAACAAGAGCCGCAGGAACCUCGCCUUGAAUGGAUUUAUAGUGGUGAUCGAGCGAAAUCAGACGACUAUUUACUUGGAAAAAAGUUCGAUGGUGAUGCGCCAGCAAACGCAGUGUCAGAAGAUAUCACAACAUCAACAAUUGAUUUAGCUAAUAAGAUUCGUGAAGAUCCAUUGUAUUUGAUUAAAAAGAAAGAAAUCGAGCAGAAAAAGCGAAUUCUAGAAAAUCCAGUUCGACUCAAACAGCUCAAGGAACUUCUAGAACGGCAAGAAUCUGCUCAAUCAUCAUCAUCAUCUUCUUCACAACGAAAGAAGCAUCAUUCCCGGUCUCGUUCUCGCUCACCUCAACGUCGUCAUCACCAUCAUCAUCAUCGUCGCAGUCCUUCACCGCCACCACGGCACCAUUAUCGACGUCGUUCGCCGUCAUCACCUAAUCGGAGAUCAUCGCCACCAUCUCGUUCUGCUCCAUCGCGUCGUGAGCGAACACCGCCACGUGUGCCAAAACGACCAGAGAAACAAUCGAAAGAAGAUCGCGAACGUCGUCUACGAGAGAUGCUUGCUGAUGGUAUUAUACGAACUGAGCAACGUCAGCAGAAUGUUCGUGCCUAUAAAGCACGUGAUGAUGAAGAAGAGAAAGCCAAUGAAUUGAUGAGACAACGAGCUAGGAAAAAGAAUGAUCUCUCAUCAUCCGAUGACGAAGAACAGGAUUUUCUUCGACCAAUGAUGAAACAAAUUGUUGAUGAUCCAAGUUUGAAAAGACGCGAUCUCAAACACCAUCAUCAUAAACGCCCAUAG